GGACGGACGUCCCGCCCUCUGGCCGUUUCCUGGCCGAGGUGGGUCGAUAGUAGCGAUGGCGGGUCUGACUGACUUGCAGAGGCUACAGGCCCGAGUGGAAGAGCUGGAGCGCUGGGUGUACGGGCCGGGCGGGGCGCGCGGCUCGCGGAAGGUGGCUGACGGCCUGGUCAAGGUGCAGGUGGCUUUGGGGAACAUUUCCAGCAAGAGGGAGAGGGUGAAGAUUCUCUACAAAAAGAUUGAAGAUCUGAUCAAGUACCUGGAUCCUGAGUACAUCGACCGCAUUGCCAUACCUGAUGCCUCUAAGCUGCAAUUCAUCUUAGCAGAGGAGCAGUUUAUCCUUUCCCAGGUUGCACUCCUGGAGCAGGUGAAUGCCUUGGUGCCCAUGCUGGACAGUGCUCACAUCAAAGCCGUUCCUGAGCAUGCCGUCCACCUGCAGCGCUUGGCCCAGAUCCACAUUCAGCAGCAGGACCAGUGUGUGGAGAUCACUGAGGAGUCCAAGGCUCUCCUGGAGGAAUACAACAAGACUACAAUGCUUCUCUCCAAGCAAUUCGUGCAGUGGGAUGAGCUACUUUGCCAGCUAGAGGCCGCCAAGCAAGUGAAGCCAGCAGAGGAGUGACAGCUGCUCCCCAUCCCAAAGUGGGCCUGGGCAGUCAGGCUCCAGGGCCCAAUGCAACCUGCCUUUGUUACAAGGCAGAGGAAGCUUUGUAUUUAUUGGAUUCAAGGCCCACCUCUCUGUACUCUGGGCUCUAAAGUUGGAGGUCAGGUUACCUGAGGUUUGCAAUUUGCAACACCCACCCUCCCCCCAAUCAGUGUUCUUAUUCCAGUGACAAUAAACCAUAGAGAUGACUGGA